CGACACGGCGAGAUGAAGAUAUCCAAACCCGACGACGCCUCACUCCCUCGCCGCUCGCGCGCUCCUUCGCGCCACGCCCCCCGCGACGGCCGGCCGGCGCGAUGCCGUCCCCGGCGUCCUACCUCCUCCUGAACCCCGCGAAGCCAUUCUACCUCCGCCGCCUCUCGCACCCGCCCACGCCGCCGUACCCGUCCCCGCGCCUCCACGCCCGCCGGCUCCAUGUCUCCUGCGACGCGCCGCGGGGGAGCGGCGGCGUUGGCGGGAGGCGCGAGGCCAUCCCCGCCGGCGCCAGCAAGGCCAAGAAGCAGAUCGUAUUCUUCGACGCCGCGCCGCCGGUGGCGCAGCCGCAGCCGCAGCCGCAGCCGCAGCAGGGCGGGAGCGCCGCAGAGAAGGGGGAGAGCGGGAAGGCGACGACCAAGGAAGGCGGCGGCAACGCGGCGCUGGCGCUGCUGAGGAGGGCGACCAAGAAGACUCUGUCGGCGCUGUCCAACCUCCCGCUCGCCAUCUCCGAGAUGUUCGCCAUCGCCGCCCUCAUGGCCCUAGGCACGGUGAUCGACCAGGGAGAGGCGCCGAGCUACUACUUGGAGAAGUUCCCCGAGGACAACCCAGUGUUCGGCUUCAUCACGUGGAGGUGGAUCCUGACGCCCGGGUUCGACCACAUGUUCUCCUCGCCGGUCUUCCUCGGCCUCCUCGCGCUGCUCGCCGCGUCCCUCAUGGCCUGCACCUACACUACCCAGCUCCCCAUGGUCAAGGUCGCGAGAAGAUGGUCCUUCACACAUUCCGGAGAAAGAAUCAAGAAGCAGGAGUUUGCGGACUGUCUUCCCCGAGCAUCCAUUCAGGAUUUGGGUGUCAUCUUGAUGGGUGCCGGAUAUGAGGUAUUCACAAAGGGGCCGUCCUUGUAUGCUUUCAAAGGGCUGGCAGGUCGGUAUGCGCCUAUUGGCGUGCAUUUAGCAAUGCUUUUCAUCAUGGCUGGAGCCACGCUUAGCGCAACGGGAAGCUUCAAAGGCUCAGUGGAUGUGCCUCAAGGGCUGAAUUUUGUCAUAGGAGAUGUGAUGAAACCCAGAGGGGUCCUCUCUGUCGCGCCUGAUGUUUUUAAUACUGAAGUUCAUGUCAACCGGUUCUACAUGGAGUACUAUGAUAGUGGAGAGGUCUUACAAUUUUAUAGCGAUCUUUCACUUUUUAACCUUGAUGGUAAAGAGGUGAUGAGGAAGACUAUCAAAGUGAAUGAUCCCCUCAGGUAUGGAGGAAUCACAAUCUACCAAACGGACUGGGGAUUUUCAGCAUUGCAAGUGAAGAAAAAUGGCGAAGGACCUUUCAAUUUAGCCAUGGCCCCCUUGAAACUGAAUGGCGAUAAGAAGCUUUUUGGAACGUUCUUGCCGCUUGAAGACUCGGAUUCUUCGAAUCCGAGUGUCAAAGGAAUAUCGAUGCUUGCUCGAGAUCUGCAGUCUAUCGUGCUGUAUGAUCAAGACGGCAAGUUUGUAGGGGUCCGUCGGCCAAGCUCAAAACUCCCCAUUGAGAUCAAUGGUAAUGAAAUACUCAUUGAAGAUGCUAUUGGCAGUACUGGACUUGAUCUUAAAACUGAUCCAGGAGUUCCUAUUGUGUAUGCUGGAUUUGGUGCACUCAUGCUAACAACCUGCAUUAGUUAUCUUUCACACUCUCAGAUCUGGGCAUUGCAAGAUGGAAGUACAGUAGUUGUUGGAGGGAAGACAAAUCGAGCCAAACUUGAAUUUUCUGAAGAGAUGAACCGGUUACUCGAUAAAGUACCAGAGCUGAUCGGUGCCAAUCACGAGAAUGUAGUAGAUAGCAAAUCCACUGCUACAUGAGAACAUUUUGUCUGUUUUUUUCUCGAACACGCAGGAGAACUGCGUAUCAUUGUAUUGAUAGAAGAAGAAAAGAGUCAUACAUAGACCCACACACACACCACACACACCCUUGACAGACCUAGUAUCUUAUCACCUGUUACAUACUGAAAACAUUUUGUCUGUUGAGAUUGCUGAGACGCACAUGCUCAGUUCAGGUGAGCCGAAGUUUGAAUUCGCAAAACAGAGCCUUCAAGAAUAGAGAACUCAUUACUUUUCAGUAGGAGAUAGCUCAUGCUGCAAUUGGACUCUCUGUACAUCGCUGAAUCAGAAAUCGCUAUACAAACUUAACUCUGGUAAAGGCUUCUGUUGUUAUUUCUGCAAAGAAGUAUAAUUGAUAGCUUAUUGUAUUGCUAUACUUUAGAACUAAGUGAAAAACUGUAGCCUUUGUUGUGUAACUGAAUUUUUUUUGGGGAACACGAUUCAAAAUAUAUAAUCAUUCAAAGCCA